AUGACCUUAUCAAGAGCAGGUGUAGUGGACCUGAUUGGUAAGGAGUGGUACUUUGUGAGAGUGCAUGAUGCUGUUCAAGUUUGCCUUCAGCAUGUGCAGAGCUUAAAGGAGACACCUAAGGCAGCAGACCCAUUGUCUGAAGAGAGACUGAGUCCCUUCCAGAGAUUGAUUAAGCAAAGAGCAGAGGAUUCAUCUGUGGCUGAACUGGAGUCUGGCUCCAAGGAUAUUGACCCUCAGUUGGAACCACUAUUGUCACGAAAAUCUUCUUGA